AUGUCCAUCCGUCCAUUAAUCACCUUCAAGGCGGGCAAAUGUCAGAUUGACACAUCCACCAAGCCACCCAAAGUCACCGCAGACCCUACCCGAGGUUACAUCUACCUUUACACUGAAGAGGACCUUGUUCACUUCUGCUGGCGAGAGCGAAGCAAGCCCAUCAACGAUGAAGAGAACAUCGACCUCGUUACAUUCCCCGGCGACUGCCAAUUCCAGCCCUACGCACACGACCCAUCGCUUCCCUCCAAAGUCAACGGCCGCAUCUACGCUCUCAAAUUCUCCUCUUCCUCGCGCCGGGAGCUAUUCUGGCUCCAAUCACACUCUCAAUCAGAUACUGGUGCCCCCGGCUGGCACAGCCCCCGGGACCUGAAGAUCGGUGAGAUCGUCGAGCGGCUUUUGCAGGGCGAAGAAGUCAACGUGGAGGAAGAGAUCGCACAAGUAAUGAGUGACGGAAAUGGCUCCCACGUAGGACCCGGUGCAAACGAUGACGACGACGACGAGACGAUGGAGGAUGUUGAGGGCCACGGAGAUAAAGAAGAACACGGCCGGGGAGGCAGUGGAGGCGCUGGACCUGGGGCUACCGGAGGUGAUAUCAGAGAGGAGGGAUCAAGUGCGCGAGAGGGCGGAAUGGACGGUGGACGAGCCAUUUACAACCAAGGCGUUUUUAAACGAUGGGAAGACGAGCCGAGAACCUCGUUCAUGUACUGCUAUGCCGGUUCAGGGCCAGCAGAUACCGCCAUUCUCGUUCAAAACUUCCUCGAUUCGUUGAAAGGUGGACAGGGCGGCAUGCAACAACAGGCUCAAGGUCAAGCAUACACCACGUUACCUGAUCUCCUCCCUACUUCGAUAACGAUACCCACGAUCGAGACCGCCACCCCCGCACAAAUCGACAACCUACUCACCUACCUCCCACCGACCAUUCUUCUCAUCGCUCAAGAGUCCGCCUCAGCGAUCGAUGGCAUGGUAGAGCCCAACGCCGAGACUGCAUCCGCCGCCAUCGAAGCCCUCAGCAUCGGCCAGAAGAAAGCUGUCCUGAAGCGGGUCCUGAGAAGUCCCCAAUUUCACCAAAGCCUAGGAAGUCUGACGAUGGCGAUUCGGGAUGGUGGCUUGCCCAGUAUUGCCGAAGCUUUGGGAAUCAAGUUACAGCAUGGGGGAUUGGUGAGGGGUGGCAGUAUGCCUCUUGGCGGCGGGGAUGCUGUGGAAGCUUUUAUUGAAGGCGUGAAGAAUACCAUUGAGAAGAAAUAG